GUCUUUCAACCAAUCUUUCAUUUCCAUUCAAAAGUAAAAAAUCUCUCAUCCACAAUAUGGAUAAUCUAAUAUUAAAGAUGAGGAGUUUCUACUACUCUAUGGUUCUUUUACUUUUUGUACUAUCUUUUAACCCUUCUGUUUCAUCUAGAUCUCAUAGGCACUAUAUUGGUGGAAGAAAAUUGAGAAGCUCUGGUGAUAAUGGUAGUGAUCUUGUCACUAAUUUGCCUGGACAACCUCAUGUAGAUUUUCAACACUUUGCUGGUUAUGUCACUGUCAAUGAAACCAAUGGAAGAUCACUCUUUUAUUGGUUUUAUGAAGCUAUGACCAAACCAGAAGACAAACCAUUGGUUCUAUGGCUUAAUGGAGGACCUGGGUGCUCAUCUGUGGGAUAUGGAGCAACACAAGAGAUUGGUCCAUUUUUAGUGGAUAAUAACAAUAAUGGACAAGGUCUUAAAUUUAAUAACUUCUCAUGGAACAAAGAAGCCAAUAUGUUAUUCCUAGAAUCUCCUGUCGGAGUUGGCUUUUCCUACUCAAAUACAACCACUGAUUAUCAACAAUUGGGUGAUGACUUCACAGCUAAUGAUGCUUACAAUUUUCUACAUAAUUGGUUCCUCAAGUUUCCAUCAUAUAGAACCAAGACAUUUUACAUAGCAGGAGAAAGCUAUGCAGGAAAAUAUGUACCAGAACUUGCUGAACUUAUACAUGAUAGGAACAAGGACCCAUCUCUUUACAUUGAUCUCAAGGGAAUUUUGCUAGGUAAUCCUGAAACAUCUGAUGCUGAGGAUUGGAUGGGACUAGUUGAUUAUGCUUGGAGUCAUGCAGUGAUAUCUGAUGAAACACACAAAACAAUCAAGAGAAGUUGUGAUUUUAACAGCAGUGAUCCAUGGAAGAAUGAAGAGUGUGAUCAAGCUGUGGAUGAAGUGCUUAAACAGUAUCAUGAAAUUGAUAUCUAUAGUCUCUAUACUUCUGUUUGUUUUGCAACUACAGCAGGUUCUAAUGAUCAAUCAAUGCAAACUUUCACCAAACGUUCAACCAAAAUGAUGCCUAGAAUGAUGGGUGGUUAUGACCCAUGCUUGGAUGACUAUGCUAAAGCUUUUUAUAAUAGACCUGAUGUUCAGAAGGCCCUUCAUGCUAGUGAUGGUCACAAUCUAAAGAAUUGGACUAUUUGCAACAACAAGAUAUUCAAUGACUGGGCGGAUUCAAAGCCAUCAGUUAUCCCAAUUUACAAGAAACUGAUAUCAGCAGGACUUAGGAUUUGGGUUUACAGUGGAGACACAGAUGGUAGAGUACCAGUUCUAUCAACCAGAUACAGCUUAAGCACUCUAGCUUUGCCAGUGACUAAACCAUGGAGACCAUGGUACCAUGAAAAUGAGGUAAGUGGAUGGUAUGAAGAAUAUGAAGGGCUUACAUUUGCAACAUUUAGAGGAGCUGGUCAUGCAGUUCCAUGUUUUAAACCAAGCAACUCACUUGCAUUUUUCACCUCAUUUCUACAUGGAGAAUCACCACCUUCUACAAAAUAAUUAGGAUGAUAAAUUAAUCAUAUUUGGUGCACUUCUCUUUGUGACCAAAUAUGAAAAUUUUGCUAUUACAUAGCAAUAGCUAUAAUAGUCUAAAAAAAUGCUAAGUGUUCUAAGAUAAUGAAUAAAAGAGUUUUACUCCCGGCCUAUUAUACCAAAGCGUUAUUGUAUUUCUAGAUCUUAUGCAAUACUAAUAUAAUAUCUUGUUAUUUUUA